CGUGGUGAGACAGCGUUACACAUGGCGGCCCGUGCUGGUCAGAUAGAGGUGGUUCGAUGUCUCCUGAGGAACGGAGCUCUGGUUGACGCCAUGGCAAGAGAGGACCAGACCCCCCUCCACAUCGCGUCCCGUCUGGGGAAGACAGAGAUCGUCCAGCUGUUACUGCAGCACAUGGCUCAUCCCGACGCCUCCACUACUAAUGGAUACAGUCCUCUGCACAUCGCUGCCAGGGAAGGACAGUUAGAGACCACCGCUGUGUUGUUGGAGGCUGGGGCUUCACACUCACUGGCUACCAAGAAAGGAUUCACUCCUCUACAUGUAUCAGCCAAGUAUGGAAGCCUGGAGGUGGCAAAACUCCUCCUGCAGCGGAAAGCUAUGCCUGACGACGCCGGCAAGAACGGUCUGACUCCGCUGCACGUGGCAGCUCACUAUGACAACCAGCAGGUGGCGCUGCUGCUGCUGGACAAAGGGGCGUCGCCUCACGCCACCGCCAAGAACGGAUACACCCCACUCCACAUCGCUGCCAAGAAGAACCAGACUUCCGUCGUCUCGUCUCUGCUGCAGUAUGGAGCGGAGACCAACGUCCUGACCAAACAGGGGGUCACCCCUCUACACCUGGCCUCACAGGAGGGGCACAGUGAUAUGACCAGUCUGCUGCUGGGCAAGGGGGCACACGUCAACACUCCCACUAAGAGUGGUCUGACACCCCUCCACCUCACGGCCCAGGAGGACAGAGUGAAUGCAGCAGAAGUUCUUGCCAAACGUGAUGCUAACCUGGACCAGCAAACCAAGCUCGGCUACACUCCUCUCAUUGUUGCCUGUCACUAUGGAAACGUAAAGAUGGUCAACUUCCUCUUGCAGCAGGGCGCCAGUGUCAACGCUAAAACCAAGAACGGUUACACUCCGCUUCACCAGGCAGCACAGCAGGGACACACACACAUCAUCAACGUCCUGUUACAGCAUGGAGCGACACCCAACACUACUACUGCUAAUGGGAACACUGCUCUGUCCAUUGCCAGGCGUCUGGGUUACAUAUCUGUCGUUGACACUCUGAAGGUCGUCACAGAAGAGGUCAUCACCACGACAACGACUGUGACAUCAGAGAAACACAAGAUGAAUGUUCCGGAGACCAUGACGGAGAUACUGGACGUGUCGGAUGAGGAGGAAAUACACCUGUUGAUGUUUCUGUUGAAGUUCCUCUCCAGAUGUAGUUGUGUUGGUCAGCAGGUGUCGUCUCUGUCCAGAGAGAAUGAGAAGGACUCCUUCAGACUGAGCUGGGGAGCAGAGCACCUGGACAACGUAGUGCUGUCCUCUAGCCUGCUGCACUCUGGCUUCCUGGUCAGUUUCAUGGUGGACGCCAGGGGUGGGGCCAUGCGUGGUUGCCGUCACAACGGGCUGCGCAUCAUCGUGCCGCCCAGGAAGUGUUCCGCUCCGACGCGGGUGACGUGCCGCCUGGUGAAGAGGCACCGCCUGGCGUCCAUGCCCCCCAUGGUGGAGGGAGAGGGGCUGGCAGGACGUAUCAUCGAGGUCGGCCCCACCGGGGCACAGUUCCUCGGUAAGCUCCACCUCCCCACGGCCCCGCCCCCUCUCAACGAGGGAGAGAGUCUUGUCAGCAGGAUACUACAGCUGGGGCCUCCUGGCACCAAGUUCCUGGGGCCUGUGAUUGUGGAGAUCCCUCACUUCGCGGCCCUGCGGGGCACGGAGCGGGAGCUGGUGAUUCUGAGGAGUGAGAUGGGGGAGAGCUGGAGGGAACAUCACUGUGAACACACUGAGGAGGAACUCAACCAAAUACUGAAUGGCAUGGACGAGGAGCUGGACUCUCCUGAGGAGCUGGAGAAGAAGAGGAUCUGCCGUAUCGUCACCAGGGACUUCCCACAAUACUUUGCGGUGGUGUCGCGCAUCAAGCAGGACAGCCAACUGAUUGGUCCUGAGGGAGCGGUGUUGAGCAGUACUCUGGUACCUCAGGUCCAGGCUGUGUUCCCAGAGGGGGCUCUCACUAAGAAAAUCAGGGUUGGACUACAGGCCCAGCCAAUCAGCGUAGACCUGGUGAAGAGGAUUCUGGGUAACAAAGCUACUUUUAGCCCCAUCGUUACCUUGGAGCCCAGGAGGCGGAAGUUCCACAAGCCAAUCACCAUGACGAUCCCUGUCCCCAAAAGCUCGACCAAUGACGGGACAGGCAACGUGUUUGGAGGGGACACGCCCACUCUGCGUCUGCUCUGCAGUAUCACUGGUGGAACCACUCCUGCCCAAUGGGAGGACAUCACUGGCUCCACCCCCCUCACCUUCAUCAACCAAUGUGUGUCCUUCACCACCAACGUGUCAGCAAGGUUCUGGCUGAUAGACUGUCGUCAGACCCAGGAGGCUGUGAGUUUCUCUACCCAGCUGUACAGAGAGAUCAUCUGUGUCCCCUACAUGGCCAAGUUCGUCAUCUUCGCCAAGACGCUGGACCCUAUCGAGGCCCGCCUCCGUUGCUUCUGCAUGACGGACGACAAGAUGGACAAGACGCUGGAACAGCAAGAGAACUUCACAGAGGUGGCCCGGAGUAGAGACGUAGAGGUAUUGGAAGGGAAGCCUAUCUUUGCAGACUGUUUUGGGAACCUGGUUCCUCUGACCAAGAGUGGACAGCAUCACGUCUUCAGCUUCUACGCAUUCAAAGAAAACCGUCUCGCACUCUUCAUCAAGAUUCGUGACUGCGCUCAGGAGCCGUGUGGCAGACUGUCCUUCACCAAGGAGCCCCGCAACUACCGUAGUCUUACCCACAAGGCAAUCUGCAACCUGAACAUCACGCUGCCCACCUACUGCAAGGAGUCUGAUUCAGACCUAGACGCAGAUGACGAGAGUGACAAGAGUGACAAAAAAUACGACGAGACGGAGUCGACAGAUACUUACACGCUGCCGACCAAUCAGGUGCUAGACCCAGCCAUGCUGGCCAGCCCUGACCUCCUUUCAGAGGUCUCCGAUAUGAAACACGACCUCAUCAAGAUGUCUGCCAUUUUGACGACAGAGCAAACUGAACACCCAAGCCCUUCGGAUAGAGGAAGAGGAGGAGGAGGAAGAGGAGGAGGAAGGACAGGGAUGGAGGAGGAACCCGGGGAGCCGUUUGAGAUCAUGGAACAGGUGAAAGAGGAUCUGGAGAAGGUUGGAGAUAUUUUACGAGGGGGAGAUACUAGAUUCACAAACAACAAAGAGAAAGUACUGCAGAUGUCCAAAAUGGAGGACAAGGAGUUGGUUAUUCUCUCUCAGACUAAAGCCAAAGCCAUGACUCCCUCUGAUGUUCAGGAGCUGGUACUACAAGAAGUCAGCAUUCAGAGGAAGACCUCUCCCACAAUUACCAAAGAGGUUAGAGAUAUGUCAGGUAUGGUGUCUCACCUCAGUGGAGGCGUGAACCAGCACCUAGAAGAGAGAUCUGGCGUAACCAGUUGCCCACUACAGGACAUCAUAGUCCAGGAGAGAUUAGAUCAGGUCAUUCUGAAGCGGGAAGGCAAACGCCAUCCUCCUGAGAUCAAAAAGCCGAUCAGGAAGAAGUUGAGGGACAGGGAACGUUCUGGAUGCAGCAGUUCCGAGGGGGAGCUGGAGAGGAUGAGCUCUGAGGAGUCCCUUGAUGGGGAUGUUGUUCUGGGAGAGCCGAGGCAGGAAGUGGUUCCCGGGUCUGAGCCUGGAGUGGUUCCCAGGUCUAUGCCUGGAGUGGUUCCCGGGUCUGAGCCUGUAGUCGUUCCCAGGUCUAUGCCUGGAGUGGUUCCCGGGUCUGAGCCUGUAGUCGUUCCCAGGUCUAUGCCUGGAGUGGUUCCUGGGUCUGAGCCUGUAGUGGUUCCCAGGUCUAUGCCUGGAGUGGUUCCCGGGUCUGAGCCUGUAGUCAUUCCCAAGUCUAUGCCUGGAGUGGUUCCCGGGUCUGAGCCUGUAGUCGUUCUCAGGUCUAUGCCUGGAGUGGUUCCCGGGUCUGAGCCUGUAGUCGUUCCCAGGUCUAUGCCUGGAGUGGUUCCUGGGUCUGAGCCUGUAGUGGUUCCCAGGUCUAUGCCUGGAGUGGUUCCUGGGUCUGAGCCUGUAGUGGUUCCCAGGUCUAUGCCUGGAGUGGUGUCUGGGUCCGGACCUGUAGGGGUGUCUGGGUCUGGACCUGGAGUGGGGCCCGGGACUGAGUUAAAACCGACUGCAACCCUGGAUUGGGAUGUCGUACUGGGGGAGUCUGGGCUCGGGUCUGGGUCUGAAACUUGGUCUGGGCCUUCUGGACCAACACCAGCCAUGGAGCCACCAGUGUCGCCCCUGGUCGUGGAAACCCCAAUUGGAUCCAUAAAGGACAGAGUGAGAGCUCUGCAAAAGAAGGUUGAGGAAGAGGGGGAGGAUGGCCGUAAGCGAAAGCCUACACAGGCUUCAGUCCCUCAGAACACAACUUUCAUCACCAUCACAAAGGAGACGGGUGAGCCCCAGAUGCCAGAUCUUCCUAAGCUUCCCAGAUCUCCGAAAUCCCCCCGGUCUCAGACGGAGAGGCUGGAGGAGACGAUGUCUGUCCGGGAGCUGAUGAAGGCAUUCCAGACUGGCCAGGAUCCUUCCAAGAACAAAACGGGGCUCUUCGAGCACAAAGCCAUGACGUCAUCCACAACCUCCACAUCGAGCUCCGAGGCAGUGAUCUACAGUGAGACCUACAGAGCUGAAACCAGUCCGACAGAGCAUACGCCAUCAGAAACUCCAACUUCCACAAUCCUCUGCUCGCAGAGUGAUGUCCUGGCUCUCCAUUACAAAGGGGUGGAUGAUGAACCAAAUCUGAUCUUAGUAAGAGACCACUCUGAAGACUCUGAGAUAACUCAUGUCUUAGAAAGGGACCACUCUGAAGACUCUGAGAUAACUCAUGUUACGGUUCAGUUGCAGGAGUCAGCGACUAACAUCAACAGAAUACAACCAGAGGACAGAGGGAUCCCUCUAGACUGGGCUCUACCAGAGGACGAUGGGAUCUUCCUAGACAGGGCUCAACCAGUGGACGGGGGAAUCCUCCUAGACAGGGCUCUACCAAAGGACAGACAAAUCCUCCUAGACAGGCCUCAACCAGAGGACGGGAGGGAUCCUCCUAGACAGGGCUCUACCAGAGGACAGAGGGAUCUUCCUAGACAGGGCUUUACCAGAGGACAGACAAAUCCUCCUAGACAGGGCUCUACCAGAGGACGGACGAAUCAUCCUAGACAGGGCUCUACCAAAGGACGGAGGUAUCAACCUAGACAGGGCUCUACCAGAGGACGGAGGGAUCCUUCUAGGCAGGGCUCAACCAGUGGAUGGAGGGAUCCUCCUAGACAGGGCUCUACCAAAGGACAGACAAAUCCUCCUAGACAGGCCUCAACCAGAGGACGGAGGGAUCCUCUUAGACAGGGCUCUACCAGAGGAUGGAGGGAUCCUCCUAGACAGGUCUCUACCAGAGGAUGGAGGGAUCCCUCUAGACAGGGCUCUACCAGAGGACGGAGGGAUCCCUCUAGACAGGGCUCUACCAGAGGACGGAUGGAUUCUCCUAGACAGGGCUCUGCCGGAGGGUGGAGAGAUCCUCCUAGACAGGGCUCAACUGGAGGAGGGAGGGAUCCUCCUAGACAGGGCUCUACCAGAGGACGGAGGGAUCUUCCUAGACAGGGCUCUACCAGAGGACGGAGGGAUCCUCCUAGGCAGGGCUCAACCAGUGGACGGAGGGAUCCUCCUAGACAGGGCUCUACCAAAGGACAGACAAAUCCUCCUAGACAGGCCUCAACCAGAGGACGGAGGGAUCCUCCUAGACAGGGCUCUACCAGAGGACGGAGGGAUCCUCCUAGACAGGGCUCUACCAGAGGGCGGAGGGAUCCCUCUAGACAGGGCUCUACCAGAGGACGGAGGGAUCCCUCUAGACAGGGAUCUACCAGAGGACGGAGGAAUCAUCCUAGACAGGGCUCUACCAGAGGAUGGAGUGAUCCAACUAGACCGGGAUCUAUCAGAUACUGGAGGAAUCGUCCUAGACAGGACUCUACCAGAGGACGGAGGGAUCCUCCUAGACAGGGGUCUACCAAGAGAUGGAGGGAUCCCUCUAGACAGGGAUCUACCAAAGGACAGUUGUAUCCUCCUAGACAGAGCUCUACCAGAGGAUGGAGGGAUCUUCCUAGACAGGGCUCAACCAGAGGAAGGAGGGAUCCUCCUAGACAGGUCUCUACCAGAGGACGGAGGGAUCCCUCUAGACAGGGAUCUACCAGAGGACGGAGGAAUCAUCCUAGACAGGGCUCUACCAGAGGAUGGAGUGAUCCAACUAGACCGGGAUCUAUCAGAUACUGGAGGAAUCGUCCUAGACAGGGGGUCUACCAGAGGAGGGAUCCCUCUAGGGGAUCUGGGGUCCUCCUAGACAGAGCUCUACCAGAGGAUGGAGGGAUCUUCCUAGACAGGGCUCAACCAGAGGACGGAGGGAUCCUCCUAGACAGGGCUCUACCAGAGGAUGGAGGCAUAAUCCUAGACAGGGCUCUACCAGAGGACAGAGGGAUCCUCCUAGACAGGGCUCUACCAGAGGACGGAGGGGUCCUCCUAGACAGGGCUCUACCAGAGGACGGAGGGAUCCUCCUAGACAGGGCUCUACCAGAGGACGGAGGGAUCCUCCUAGACAGGGCUCUACCAGAGGACGGAGGGGUCCUCCUAGACAGGGCUCUACCAGAGGAUGGAGGGGUCCUCCUAGACAGGGCUCUACCAGAGGAUGGAGGGAUCAUCCUAGACAGGGCUCUACCAGAGGAUGGAGGGAUCCUCCUAGACGGGGCUCUACCAGAGGACGGAGGGGUCCUCCUAGACAGGGCUCUACCAGAGGACGGAGGGAUCAUCCUAGACAGGGCUCUACCAGAGGAUGGAGGGGUCCUCCUAGACAGGGCUCUACCAGAGGAUGGAGGGAUCAUCCUAGACAGGGCUCUACCAGAGGAUGGAGGGAUCCUCCUAGACGGGGCUCUACCAGAGGACGGAGGGGUCCUCCUAGACAGGGCUCUACCAGAGGACGGAGGGAUCAUCCUAGACAGGGCUCUACCAGAGGACGGAGGGAUCCUCCUAGAUGGGGCUCUACCAGAGGAUGGAGGCAGCAACCCAGUGAUGAUUCAGCUGGAGGAACCAGAGAUGGAACCAGACAGGAAGUCUUCUACAGAUAUGAUGCAGCUGGAGGAACCAGAGAUGGGACCAGACAGGAAGUCUUCUAUAGAGAUGAUGCGGCUGGAGGAACCAGAGAUGGGACCAGACAGGAAGUCUUCUGUAGAGAUGAUGCAGCUGGAGGAACCAGAGAUGGGACCAGACAGGAAGUCUUCUGUAGAGAUGAUGCAGCUGGAGGAACCAGAGAUGGGACCAGACAGGAAGUCUUCUAUAGAGAUGAUGCGGCUGGAGGAACCAGAGAUGGGACCAGACAGGAAGUCUUCUGUAGAGAUGAUGCAGCUGGAGGAACCAGAGAUGGGACCAGACAGGAAGUCUUCUACGGAUUUGAUGCAGCUGGAUGAACAGGAGAUGGGACCAGACAGGAAGUCUUCUACAGAGAUGAUGCAGCUGGAGGAACCAGAGAUUGGACUAGACAGGAAGUCUUAUAUAGAGAUGAUACAGCAGGAGGAACCAGAGAUGGGACCAGACAGGAAGUCUUCUACAGAGAUGAUGCAGCUGGAGGAACCAGAGAUGGGACCAGACAGGAAGUCUUCUACAGAGAUGAUGCAGCUGGAGGAACCAGAGAUGGGACCAGACAGGAAGUGUUCUACAGAGAUGAUGCGGCUGGAGGAACCAGAGAUGGGACCAGACAGGAAGUGUUCUACAGAGAUGAUGCAGCUGGAGGAACCAGAGAUGGGACCAGACAGGAAGUCUUCUAUAGAGAUGAUGCGGCUGGAGGAACCAGAGAUGGGACCAGACAGGAAGUCUUCUAUAGAGAUGAUGCAGCUGGAGGAGCCAGAGAUGGGACCAGACAGGAAGUCUUCUAUGGAGAUGCAGAUCAGCCCGGACAGGAAACCCUCUGAGGACUUUAGCGCUGACAUCAAGGCCGAGCUGGAGGACAGUCCAGAGUACCAGCUGUUCAGACAGACCUCCUUUAUAGGGGAUGACGACCACCAGGCUGAAGCAGCCGAGGAGGAGAUCCCAGCAGACCACCCAAACGACACCCCAACAUUCAUGUUCAGCCCCUGUAUGCACGAAGACAGGCGGGAUGAGUUAUUCAAUAAGGCUGAGAACCUGGUGGGGAAUGAAAGCCCUGUGAGUCUGAAGCAUGAAGGCGAAGCGGACUCUCCCGGGACUAGCCUAGGAACCAGGACUCCCCAUUCAAGCACGGGGGAGAGUGAGAAACACGAAGGAUUAGCAGACACCCCACAGAUGAGCCCACUCACAUUCCCCACUCAGGAGGUUGACCUGCCCACAGUUUAUAAAGAGACCGAGAGAAUGGAUGGGAUGAAAGUACGAGGAGAUGUGAUUCAUGGUGAUGAAGAAAUCUUUCCAGAAACUGAAGAUUUAGUCGAAGAAACCAAAUCAGCGACUCCGUCCCCUGUUCGGGAACCUCUGUUACAAGAAGUCACGAUCCAACGGAAGACCUCCCCCAGACCGGUUAAAGUGGUGAGAGAUAUGUCAGGGAUGGAGUCCCUCCUCAGGGGAGAUAUGGAUCACUACCUAGAACAGAGACCAUCACCUGUCUGUGGCGCUGAAGUGAUGACAGUUCAGGAACCGCUGUUACAAGAAGUCAGGAUGGAAAGGAAAACCUCCCCCAGACUGGUUACAGUGGUGAGCGAUAUGUCAGGGAUGGAGUCCCUCCUCAGGGGAGAUAUGGAUCACUACCUAGAACAGAGAUGUAUGGUAAAUAGUGGUUCACCAAAGGAUGACAUCGACCAACAACAGAGUUUGAAACAGACCAUCCUUGCCAGGGAUGACAAGCAACAAUCACUUAUUUUCUCCACAAAGGAGGUAGACAUGUCUACAGAAGAUACAGAGACAGAAAAAGAAGACUGGUGGAAAGUGCAAGACAUGGAUGAUGGUGGCUCUCGGGGUGCCGAAUCGAUAAUCUUGAACCCAGUUCAGGAGCCGAUGUUACAAGAAGUCAUGAUCGAAAGGAAGACAUCGCCCAGACCAGCUGUAGGAGUUAAAGAUACAUCAGGCAUGGAGGCACUCCUCAGUGGAGAUUUAGAACACUACCUAGAAGACAGACCUGUAGAUCUCAGUGGUGUACCGGAGGACGACAUCGUACAAGAGAGAUUUGAACAGGUUGUGAUUACACGGGAGAGCAAAGGGGAAACCCACACGUUCUCCACUGAGCAGGUAGACCGGUCCGCUGCAGAUAAAGUGACAGAGCGAGAUGUUGUUAAUGUAGUGCAAGUAGGAGCCGCGGAGGACGGUGUCAUCUACGGUGAUAAAGACUUUGUGCAGAGUUGUUCAGCUGGGGGGGAAGCAUCAGAAAGUUCAGCUACUACAGUGAUACGUUCAAGAGACUCAAAGAAGGUGACCUUUGACCUUCAAAGGACGUUUGAUUCAGCGCUCCCCGCUCAAGCCUCUGAAGAGGACGACCAGGUCCCUGUUGAGACAAGACCCAUCUUAGAGGACUGGGAUGAUUUAGAGAUAAAACCAUCGUACCACAAAACUACAGAACUUUCAUACUCAAACCCAUACAUACAAGACUCAAUUUCAGCAGACAGAAUUGCUCCUGAAUCUAGUUGGGUUGUACCAGAGCGCCAUGAAAGGGAUUCAGCUGAUCAUGGAGCUGUGCACAGUCCAGACGGUGUGGGUCAGGCCCUCAGACCUGCAGACUUAGAGGUCCUCUUUCCUUUGGCCCUGAGCCACCCUGAGAGACGACUCUCCCAUGGGGAUUCUCUGGAGACCAGUCCUGUCAUGAAUGAAGGUUCCUCCAGGAAGUCCCCUGACUCUAUAGAGCCAAGCUCAACCGGGGACUCCCCCUGCCUUGACUCACUGGAGAGCAGCCCCACUGAACUGAAACAAGACACAGGCUUUCAGGCGACAAAGAAGACAGCUGUGUAUGAAGACUACUACUCUCAGCUUAGAGCCUGUCUCGGUGAGGAGCACGUCAGCAACAUUGAGAAUGAGGAUUACUCCAAACGGACUUAUCAAAUGGAUGGUGAGCGCGAGGGUCCCCUCCCAUUGAAGGGGGAAGACCCUGAGUGGCUCUCCAUGCCCAUAAAUCUGAGCUCAAACCCUGAGGAUGAUAUGGACGACGUGGAUAUAGAGGGCAGCGAGACUGGCCAGAGACAGUUCACCCCAGAGGAGGAGAUGUUCAAAAUGGCCGCCAAGAUCAAAACCUUUGAGGAGAUGGAGCAGGACGUCAAAACGAAGACAGACGGGAAACCCUCAGACGGCUCUGUGUUAUCAGACUCUGAGGAUUAUGAAGAAUGUCAGUCGAUCGUUGACCUGAUGAACAGGGAGGCAAAAUCAUCUAAGCCCAAAACUGACACGGGUACUCUUCAGUCUGAAAUUGAAACUGUGGCUGAAAUCCAACCCUCAGUCCCUGGUGCAGUAACUGCGUUGGAAAGUUCAGUUCACUGUGAAGCUCACCUACCAUACAGUGCCUCAGGACAUUCACCAUCAGGAAAACAGGUCUCUGAGCACCUCGAAUAUCGUUCACUAAGCACUGAAAGAGAACAAUAUACCACAGAGAACAUCAGUGAAAAUAUCAGUGAACGUACUGAGCAGAAAGAGAAGAUAGAUGUAAUAUCAGCUAUGCAAGCACACGAGGUGGAGAUGGAUCAGUCACAGUUGAGUGUCAGUCAGUCUGGUGAAAGUCAGUCAGUCAAACCAGAGGUGUUGUGCACCGACGAUGAAAGCUUCAAGGAGGUGAAGGAUGCGGAUGGUAAGGCAGCUGUGUUGGAAAUGCAUCCCGAAGACAUGCCUGUUCAAGGAGAGCUGGUCCCAUGGAGUGCCAUGUCAGACGACAACGAGGAUGACAAUGACGACGAAGCCUUCGCAGCACGUGUGGAGGCGGAGGAACGACGGAUGAUGGCUCUCGUGGAAGACCGCCGUACCCCUGACAUUUCACCGGGUCGCACACCAACCGAGGGGGGCAUCCCCAAUCCCUUCCAGUUCCAGGAAGGGAAGUUCUUUGAGAUGACCAGAGGGGGCGCUAUCGACAUGACAAAGAGGAGCGUUGAAGAGGAGGGCUAUGCCUUCUUUCACAUAGGAGAACACCCAGUUGACCAGGUUCUGUUCGAGGACACUGGAGAUUGCGCUAGCCCCGAUGUUCUCAGAACAGAACAGACUAUUGCCGUUGGUGAUCUACACCUCCAGAAGGGGGACCAAACCAAAGAUGAUUCUGACUCCUCCUUCCAGACUAUACCAUUACCCGAGGCUGAUCAGAGGGGGAAACCAGUGGCCAAACCCAGUACCUCCAUCAAAAUGGAGCCAAAAGCUGAAACAUUCCCCCUGCUAGAAGCUAAAAUGGGAAGCUUCUUAGAGGUAGGUUCUCCAGACCCGACUAUAGCUGAACUUCAGAUGUUUACCACCACUACUCUUGUCACCCGCUCUGUGUACUCUGAACAGGUCCGCCAAUCAUCCGACUCAUCCCUUGAGGAUGAAGAAGAAGAGGAAGAGGAGCAGGGUUCUGUCAUUGAGAUGCCCGCUGGCUAUUAUGACUCAGUGACACCCCCUAGUGUCCUGCAAGGUUAUGACACCUCGGCAGGGUCUGACACCUCAAUGGCACCCCCUAGUGUCCUGCAAGGGUGUGACACCUCGGCAGGGUCUGACACCUCAGUGGCACCCCCUAGUGUCCUGCAAGGGUAUGACACCUCGGCAGGGUCUGACACCUCAGUGGCACCCACUAGUGUCCUGGCAGGGUCUGACACCUCUAGUGUCCUGGAAGGGUCUGACAUCUCAGUGGCACCCCCUAGUGUCCUGGCAGAGUCUGACACCUCUAGUGUCCUGGAAGGGUCUGACAUCUCAGUUGCACCCUCUAGUGUCCUGGCAAUGUCCUACACUUCAGCAGACACUGUGGCUAAGGAUGAAAGCAGUUUCAAAUCAAAGAUACCCAUCAAAGCUGGUUCAAUGAAAUCAGACCUCGGCCUUGAGCAGAACUCAACAGUGGCGGAAUCUCUUGUUCAGGACCGGAGGACGAGGUGUGAGGAGGACUUUGGAGCCGGGAAGAAAAUCUUAACUGACAAAGACAGCAGGAGUCACUCCGACAGCGACCAUCCUGCAACUAAAUCCAAACCUCUCACCUCCAGACUCCCUGUCAUGGGCAAACACAAACCCACAGCCCACUCCUCCUCCUCUUCCCAGCCCGACAGAGACCAGGGCUCUGAGGUACGAGAGCCUUCCCUCCGAUCCUCUCUGGAUGUCGACGACAUCAGCAGCAGCGGUGAUCACAACAGUCCAGAUUCUGUUAUCUUCAGGUAUGACAGACCAACGCCUCGCAGAUCUGCCCCGGACACGAGGGCUUUGUCGACUCAGACACGGGUUCGAGCUUCCUCGGUGGAGGUGUUUGAGUCCAGACCCAUCUGGGAAGACUCAGUAGAAACUCAGAUGCAGCGAAUCUGGGAUGAUCGGACAACGGAGCGGAAGCAAGUGGAUUGGCACGACGAUGCAGACAGGAAAGAGGAGACGUUGGCUAUCAUUGCAGACCUGCUGGGGUUCAGCUGGACAGAGCUGGCGAGGGAGCUGGAGUUCAACGAGGAUGAGAUCCAGGAAGUGAGGACGGAGAACCCUAACUCUCUACAGGAGCAGAGCCACGCCCUGCUGCAGCGCUGGGCUGAGAGAGAGGGAAAACACGCCACCGAGGAGAGCCUGAUAAAGAGGCUGACCAAGAUCAACCGGAUGGACAUCGUCCACCUGAUAGAGACCCAGAUGAACAAGUCAACACAGGAGCAGACGUCCAGGACCUACGCAGAGAUAGAGAAGACUCUGGACCAGAGUGAAGUGUCUGUAGCCCUGUCCUCAGUGCAGGAGGACGUAGACAGCCUCAGACUGGUGAGGAGGGUGGACUCUUCUCCCAGACCGCCCCCAGCCGUCUCAGAGGAAGACUUAUCAGUAGCCUCCCUCCUGGACAUUCCUUCCUGGGCGGAGCCUAUGGGCCACACCCACUCCGAGAGCAUGCAUGGGCUAUUGGAGGAUCUGGAGAUCACAACGGAGCUGAGCCCCAACCCGUGGACUUUGGAGGAGACGGUAACAAGGGAGUCCACCACCGACAGCGAGCAAGUUUCAGCAGGAUCCUCCAUGGAGAAUCUAUCAGAACACAAACACAUAUUAGCUUUGGACCAGCCAUCUACUAAUAGACCUAUCUCAAACAAAACACUCAUGUCUGAAACCCAAUCUGUGACUCCAGAUCUCCAGAUUCCAAAUGCCUUUGUAUUCAGUCCGUUAUCCCCUGAAAUGACAAUGCCCACUGAGAAGAUGAGGGUAUCGCCAGAAAGUCCAGAAAAACCAUUGAAUCUGAACAAGGAGUCCUCUUCUUCUGAAACCAGUCCAGUGUUACCAGACCUUUUCAGCCACAACGCCGAAGACAGCCAAGGUGAUGAAGCACAAUCGUCAGCGAGCAAUCUAGAAGCACCCCCGGAGUCAGGGGCACCCACCCAGCUUGAUCAGCUGCUGUCGGAAUUUGAAGAAAUCAAACGGGAAUUCCGACCAGAAACUCUAGAACCACUGGACUCACCUCUUUCGGAAACCAGCGAAGGGGGUCAUGAAGAUCUACAACCUUAUGUUGAGUUUGAGGAACUCUUGCCAGAAUCCGACGGAUAUCCCACUGAGGGUGAGGAAGAGAUCUCUAGUCCAAGUCCCUCAUCCCCUAUUCAGAUAACAAGGGAGACGGCUGAAAUAAGCAUAGUGGCCUCAGUGCCGACCGAUCUCUCCUUGUCCAAUGAAACCGACCCGGAGGUAUUUGGGGUGACCGCAGAUCUAAUCAAGACCUUCCCAGAGCCUAGCCAAGUUACAGCUGAUCCGGUUCAGUUGAGCCACUUGGAGUACCUGCAAACACACAGAGCAGAAAAAUCAGAUCUCACCGGUUCCAUACCUCUGGUUAGCCCCACAGCUGCUACCAAAUCCGUCGGAACACCGGAAUCUCCAGAACCAUGCCAUAAAGUUCUAGAACUGUCAUCAGAAUCAAUUGUUCCGUCUCAAAAGUUCCAGUCACUGGAACAUGAGGAUGCUGCUGUAUUUACCGAAGCUUCAACUGUAGAAGAACAGCGAAUCAGAAUCCCACAGCAGGACCAGGAGACGGUUGAUGAAGAAAAUGACGACUCCAAAGAAACAUCAAACAUUCAAGCUGCAGUCAAAAAGGCAUCUAUUGAACAAAGCAAAGUAUUGUGCGAAUCUGGGGGAUUAAUCACUGAGCCCAGCCAAUUGGUAGAUGAAACAUGCACGAGCACUACCCCAGAAGUUGUGUCACAUUUAAGGGAUAGCACUCCCCCUGAAACCCUUGAAUACGAUGAGCAGUCGCCCCAGUUGCUCUCUGACGUGACCCCACAGACUCCAGAGACUGUCACCACCUACAGGUCACAUUUAAGGGAUAGCACUCCCCCUGAAACACUUGAAUACGAUGAGCAGUCGCCCCAGUCGCUCUCUGACGUGACCCCACAGACUCCAGAGACUGUCACCACCUACAGGUCACAUUUAAGGGAUAGCACUCCCCCUGAAACACUUGAAUACGAUGAGCAGUCGCCCCAGUCGCUCUCUGACGUGACUCCACAGACUCCAGAGACCGUCACCGUCUCCAGGCACUUCAGCUUUGAGGAGUUGAUCCCUUACCAGAGUCCUAGGUACCUCAACAUGCUCUCUGAAGAGCUCAGGCCAAAUACCAGUGAGCAACCAUCAGAUAAUCCAGUCACCCCCGUAGAGGAAGAGUUCAGUUCUCCAGUCACCCCUGUUGAGGUAAAGUCCCAUGUCUCCCAGCCCGGUCCAGUAGAUCCCAUGGCAGAGAUGGUGUCAGCCCAGCCUGAUCCAGUAGAACCCAGGGCAGAGAUGGUGUCAGCCCAGCCUGGUCCAGUAGAACCCAGGGCAGAGAUGGUAUCAGCCCAACCUGUUCCAGAGGUUACAGCAUCAGCCCAUGAUGAAGAGUUCUUCAUGGAGUUCAGCCUCCCUCCUGAGUAUGCUGAGGCAUCCUCCUCUAUCCACAAACCCAAUCCUCCGGCCUACGCAGAAAUCAUAGGAGGCAGCACAACAAUGCACUUAUACGAAGACUCUGACCCGGAGACUUACUUUGACUGCAAACAGGGAGUCUCAGACUUCUCUGAGAUGGAACCUGACGAACUGAAGAAGAGGGAAAGUUCAGGGGUUGGCCAAACCCAAGGACAAGCGUCCCAUUCAGGAGCCCUGGAGCCGACGGCACUUCUGGUUUGCUCCGCAGUGCGCAAACACAAGCGCGGAGUCCUGCUGUCCUCAUGGAGUGAGGAUUAUGACGACGCACCUUAUGAUGACAUCAAGGAAGAGAGCGAAGAGCUGGCCCAAUCUCCCGGCACACACAGAGACGACUCAGCCUUUUACCAGGCUCCUCAGGAGCUUCCUCCUCUCAGAUCAGCAGAUGAUGAUGACUCCCUGGACAGGCAGGGUGAGAUGACAGACAUCCCUCCCCAGACUGUGACAGAGGAGCACUACACAGAUCAACAUGGACACACGGUGGUUAGAAAGGUUACUCGUGAGGUGAACCGCCAGGUGAUGUCGAGUGAGGGGUCGCAGAGGGAGGAGGGGGGUGCCCCCCCGGGGGAGGAGGGGGACGGAUACUCCAGAGUGGUCGAGAGGUCCGUGCUGAGGAGCCACAGAGAUCUCUCAGAGGUGACGUUUUCUGAGCGUGACUCUGACUCAGCGUGGGGUGAGGAGGAAUCAGCUGAAGGUCACGAGGUCAGCCGUGUGGAGCGGAACGCAGUGGUGGUGGUGGUGGAAGGGGAUUUGACUGAGACGCAAUACGGUGACCCCACCCUGACCUCUGACCUCCCAACGGCACGGGACGACUUCACACAGUUUGAUUAUCAGAGGUACUAAUCACCCUGUCUCUCUCUCUCUCUCUGUCUCUCUCUCUCUCUCU